UUUUUGGCAGAAGGAUCAGAGAGUCGGAACAAGAUAGAUUUAAAGUUGAGCGACGAGCCCAUUCCCUGCGAUUUGCGCCACAGUUUGGCAUGGGACACUGCCUUCUCUACCAGUCCAGGGAUCUUGGACAUGGACGAGUUAUUUGAGACUCUCAACAUCCGGGCCGCCCUGGAUCAUCACAAGGCUGCUACACGCUAUGAUACUCGUCAGAGUCUGGCCUGGGAUAGCGCCUUCUUUACCAGUGCAGGAGUUCUAGAUGUGGAGGAACUGUCUAUGGUGAACAAAGGGUUCAGGAACUCGGUUGCGAAAUCUGAACCUGAAACCUGGAGGUCCAUUGAGUCCAACUCUACAGCAAACAGUGAUGGGAGCUCACUUGCCAGCCUUGAGAUUGACCUUUUCAGUGACACCAAAGGUGCAGUCAGUCAACACCACGGAGUGCAAGAAGGAAAUGGUGGUUCCUCGUCAGGGAAGCCGCCUAGGAGGAAUUCCACACUAUCAGCUCAGAGUAAAAGAGCUUCCUUGAUGGGCAGCCAUGGAAGGAGUAAAGGGAAGACGAGUGCAGUGAAAUCAUCAACACCCUCGAGAUCACCAUCUUCAGUUCUGCCAGCUACUACCAGAAAUGGAUCAUCUGCACAAGUCAUGAGAACUCCCCCGCGGAGUUCCAGAAGAACUGUGGUGCCCCGCCUGGCAGCUUCAGUUCCCACCUCCAGAACUCCAUUGAAAUUUUUGGAUGGAAGCAGAAAAGGAUCACUGGGUUCUUCUUCUGCACACCUUUGCUCUUCUAGUUUUUCAUCUACACCAAAGGUCUCCCCUGCUAGUUCCAUUAGUGGAUUGUCCUCCUCAUCUGAACUAUCCUUGAGAUCAAGCAACCAGAGACAUCACGUUUCUCCGGUUAAACCUUGUUUCGCAAGUGCAAGUCCAAGACGAAGCUCCACAGCUCUCGGGGCUAUGAAAAGGUUUACAGGAGGAGGUGCAACUCCAAAGGGCUUGCAAGGUUCUGGCCUCAAAAUGCCAUCGCCAAAGCUUGGAUACUUUGAUUCAGAAAAUCCUAGUGGUUCAGCACUAAGGAGAGGGAACCUUAAGUCCAACUCUCAUGGACAAACCAGAACUCCACCUGCAACCACCACCAGCAGUAGCAGAACAAGCCUGGGGAAGCACCAUUUGAGUGAGAUUGUGGCCUUGUCUCUAGAUAGCAAAAUCGGCAGUAGCCAUGAACGGUGGCAGGAAUCCUUCAACAACAACGAUAAUAUAAAGAAGAAGAGAUGCCUGAAGGAAGAUAGGGAAAACUCGAAGGUGGCGGCCGGAGCUAGACAAGGAAAAGGAAGCAAUUGCAGCUGCAACAAGAGGCCUGGAACUAACAAGGAGAAUAGUAUAGGAGUAGCAGCUAGUUUGGACAGUCAGGUUGAUGACCUUAGCAGGCAUCUUAAAGCCAUUCAUUUCAGCAGGGGAUUUUCCCCAGUUUGGAAGUAGUUGGCAAAAUUCAUGACGGGGGCUUAAAAUUCCUUGUUCUCCCUUUCGCUUCUCUUUUUUCGGUUUGUUUGCAGCUGUUGACCGAUAGCUAGUCGGAUAAUGAACAUUUCUCCAU